AUGAGAACAAUUAUCGUUCUUAUUGCCAUUUUGGCAAUAUUUCGAAGGGCGAAUUCGAACCGAAUAAAUGGGCUUCUGUUCGAUGACACCGAGCAAUGCGAAGGAUUGGCUUGCGAAUCAAAAGAGACCCUUCUCGAAAUGAUCAGCAAGAUGCAGAAGGAAAAACAUGAUGCAUACAUGGCUCCUCUCAAAAAUCCGCUCAUGGUCAACCAUUUGACAUCCUCUGAGCUUUUCGUGAAUCAAAUGAGCAAUUCUCAGUUCGAUAUGCAAUGCUCGAUUUGCAAUCGCACCGAUUUAUGUAUCAAUGGUGGAGCUUGUGUUCCCGAUCAACGGAACCCGUGGAAAUACUAUCAUUGCAUUUGUCCUGAUAACACUUCCGGCGAAAACUGUCAGCAUGUCAUCCAAUGCACAGACAAAUCUUGCGGUAAAAAUGCAUACUGUAUUGUCACGAAUCAUCAACUUAAUUGCGUAUGUAAGCCUGGAUUUUCAGCAAAAAAGAACGGAAAAGAUUGCAAUCUGAAGCGACAAAAAGCGUGUAUAAGCGGUGAUCCUCACUAUGUCACCUACGACAAUCUUCGUUAUGACUACCAAGGAACAUGCCCAUAUGUCUUCACGCAACCUUGUACUAUACUACCCGAUCCAUAUAAUUGGUUUUCCGUUCGCGCCAAGAAUCAGCUUCCCAGUAAUGGUUACCAUGUAUCAUUCGUGUCGGAGGCUGAAGUCGACUUCUACAACAUGACAAUUCACGUUGACAUCCGCUCAAAAAUUGUGCUCGUGAACGGUGUUCAAGUGCUCACACCAUGGUAUUAUCCAAAUAAAAACAAUUGGAUGAUUCGAAUUCGCCACUCCGGAAACACAUUUACAAUUGAAAACGAUCAACAGAUUACUGUAACAUUCACAUCAUCCAAUACGCUUUGUGUUGAAGUUCCCGAUAUCGACGAAUUCCGCGGACAAGGAACCCUGUGUGGUCUCGCAGGGAAUAUUGACGGACAUUGGUCGAAUGAUGUGAUUUCAAAAGAUGGAGUUGUUCUGCCGCUUGAUAACAGUCGCCAGCCGACGAAAAAGAAUCGCAUCGAUUUUAUGAAAUAUGAGGACUCAUGGAUUACGGAUAAAUUUUUAAUUUUGCGACCUGGUCAAGAAGCGUGCGUAAAUGGUCAAAUCAUCGACGAUAACCCGGAUUGUGUGAACGAAUCGAAUUCUUUUCAGGAUGUCGAGAAGGUUGCUUCGAACUGCUAUCCAAUUCAGCAAUCUGCCUACGGACUCGGACCAUUCGCUGGUUGUAGUUUUCUCGGAAAUGAUACGAUUGAUGAUUUCUAUUAUAAUUGCAUUUAUGAUGUGUGCAUCAAUGACAAAUACAAAUGCAACGAACUUCAGUAUUACUACCACUACUGUCAACUUUCUCUUCCACUGAUAGCACCGAAUUCAAAUUGGCGAGAUCAAGUCGGAUGCCCUCUAGCGUGUCCGUCGAAUUCGCAUUAUAGCGUAUGCACAUCAUCAUGCCCGUCCACAUGCACCGAGCCAUUCCCUGAAUUCUGCGACCAAGGAUGUGCCGAUGGAUGCGAAUGCGACCCCGGGUAUGUUGUUGAUAACACCAUUUCGACAUUUGUCAAGUGUAUUCGGAUCGAACAGUGCGGUUGUUCGGAUGAGGAUGGAAAUCCGCAUAGAGCGAAUAAACCAUGGGUCACAAAUAAUUGUACAAUUUAUCACGAAUGUCAGAAUGGAACAAUGUUUAGCGAUUAUCGUCCUUGUUCACCCGAUGCGGUUUGUACUUUAAAUGAUAUAAACCCUGCGUGUGUCUGCCAAAAUGGAUACCGAGGAGACGGCUAUAAUUGUAACGACAUCAACGAAUGUGUUGAAACUCCCGGAAUUUGCAAUCAUGGACAAUGCGUCAACACUCCAGGAUCUUAUCACUGUUUGUGUGAUAAUUAUUGGCAAGGAGACAAUUGCGAAAAAUACAUGCCGAGAAGGCAUUGUGCCGAUUUGUAUGUUUUCUGGGGAAACCGACAAAAUGGAGCUUACACAAUAAAUCCACCAUAUGCGACACCAAAUCGAAAACCGUAUGACCCGUAUUCGGUUUAUUGUGAUAUGACAACUGACGGAGGAGGCCUCACAUUGAUGAGCGGCGAUUCGAUGAAUUUGAAUGAGAAUAAAACCUAUAGCGACUAUUUGAUUGGUUUCGGAGAUCCGUCAACGCAAAAUGUUUGGCUGGGAUUGGAAAUGAUCCAUCAAAUGACAACUAUUCAGCCGCACACUCUUCGCUUGAAUUUAUUCCGUUGUGCCAACAAUGGACUGCCUUCGAAGACCACCGAUUGCACGUACGGAUCGUUUACAGUAUUGGAUUCGAAUACACAAUAUUCUGUUUCGAUUCCGGCGGCGUGCACGGGCUCGGAAGCCGACGAUCAUUAUUAUCAAGAUGGAUGGGCGAGAUGGGAUUUGAGUGGAAUUGGUCCAAAAUUUUCAACAUUUGAUACCGAAGACUCCAUCAAAAUGACCAAUAAAGAUGCUGUAUAUUAUACUUGCUCAAAAGCCAAUUUCAACACGGGUUGGUGGUAUCUGGAAAACCAAUUAUGCGGAGCUGCGAAUUUGAAUGGAGUUCGGUACCAAUGUCCGAAUGUUCCAUUAGAAAGUGAGAAAUAUCUACGAUGGGCUGAAGGAACGUUGGGUCAAGCUUCGAUGUACCUUCGACCUGCUGGAUAUCCAAACUAUGAUCCGAAUAAUUAA